UGUCUCUAUCCAUCUAUCUAUCUGUCUGUCGGUCUAUCUAUCUAUCUAUAUGUUAAUAAAUUUAAUGAGUGUUUCUACACUGGACUGUAAUCACUUUUUAAAUCGUGUACACGGCGGGGACUUUUAUUUGAGCGGGACUUUUAUGCAGGCGGAAGUAAGAGCAGACCAAACCCAGCCGUGACCUGUACAAUGCGCAUGCGCGUUCCCGGAGCAGCGUGGGUGAUGGCAGGAGCCUGUAGGAGGUUUGUUAUGUGAUCGCGUUGAAGUUCAGCUGGACUUCAGUGAAGGUUCCUGAGGGACAGCGACCGAUCUGCUGGGUGUGUGUGUGAGUGGAGUCCCAGAUGGAGUAGUGUGUGUGUGUGAGUGAGUGACGUAAACACGGGUUCCUGUGACAUCAGAGUAGAAGAUUUGGAUGUGUUUCUUCUCUCACACAUUUCCGCCACUAUCAUGAUGAGCUCAAGUGGUGAUUCCGUGGUCUCCUCACACACGUCCUGGGUGUGUAUAUCUCCUACUGAGCUUAAGGAGAUCCUCCUCACGCCCCAGGAAGAUCUCAUCACCCAGGAUAUCCUGGAACCUUCUGACCUAUGUGCUCCAGUGCUCCUGGAGCGAGUGGAGGAAUCUUCUCCGUGCCUCAUCACGCUCCUGUGUCGACCCGAUUCUGGUGCUGUGAUCAGCAGCGUCCAGGUGGUAAGCGAGGCGAGGACCCUGGAGGUUUACUCGCUCUCUGGAGAUUACUGUGGGACGAGCCGUGGCGAAGAAGACCCGAGAUGGCAGCAUAGCAGUGGUGAGGAGAAAAGAGUCUUCUACAGGAGCCACUUGGUGCUGGAGUUUCCACUGGCAUCGUGUGAAGUGAAGCUGCUGUCUCUUGGAGGACGCUCGGUGGUGGUGAUCAGGCAGGUGGUUGUGGGAUUACAGUUUUAUCAGGGAGCUGAGUUCCGGCCCGUUCCGGCUCCCAGCAUCGACCUUCACCGUGUUCGGGCCAUGAUGCAGGAGAUGGGCACCACCCUCUCACCUGGGGCCCAGAAUCUCAUGGACAUGGUGCAGUUUCAGCAGAAGAACAAAGCCGACGUUCUCGGUGGGUUCCUGCCGCUGCUGAUGGAAGGUGGAGCGUUGGCAUGUUUGGCCAAAGAGAAGAAAGCAGCAGGAGAUGUUGCUGCACCGGUGCCGGGUGGGAAUCCAGACCAAAGCAGUGCCCCAGGUGCCGUAGCGGGAGGUCCAGGUGGGAACCAGAGUCCGGUUAGUCCUGAUCUCCUCCCCAUGCUUCAUAGUGUGUGUGGUCACGUUACGCAGCUCCGCCUCGACUCUUUGAACUCGCCAAAGAAGCUGAAUGGAGAACGUGAGAAUCAAAUGUGCAGCGAAGGUCUUGAGAAACUUCUGGAGAACGUGGUGGAGAAACGUAUGCACGAUCUGGAGAACAGGCUGAAGGAGCACAUGGACGCACGCCUGGAUGCUCUUCAGCAACGUCUAGAGCUCACACUACAUCAACUCUCUCUCCUCCCAUGUUCUCCAAACCCCUGAUGAACCUGCCGAACCCCGGAGGAGAACCAGAGCGGGAUUUGUUUAUGUAACAUUGCUAAAGGAACUGUUGCUAAUCUCGAGGUUUCUUCUGGAAAACCUUCAAACUGAUCUGACUGCUAAGAAAUAACGUGUGUGACGUUUCAGCACCUGAGACACGUGAGGCUUUUUAACGACAGUUGGUUUAUUCGCUCAUUUUUACUGAUCAUGAUGGACAUCACUAAAAAUCCACUCGCUGCUAAAAUUAAGUGUAAACACACACACACACACACACACACACACACACACACAGACUGAAAUGUUGACGUUUUUUAACCCACUGACGGCAUUGAGUUCCAGGAGGCUGCACCUGAAACACCUUCUCAGCAGAAGGUUUCAUCCUGGUCUCCAGGUCCAGCCUCCUGAGAUCUUAAUCAGGUUCAUAUCUUCUCUGUGGUGUUUUGAGGUGUUUGUUUAUUGCUGUUGUAUUUAACGGUUUACAUUAAACCUACUGGAGAACUAAAGACAAAAAAAAACAAAAACAUUAAAACGUGCUUAUAAAAUAAACACAGUUCCUCUCA